AUGAACGACCAAGGCGCCGGUGGCACACAUAGGCAAGCAGACAGCAUGGGCUUUAACGACGAUAUUGCCGCUCUUGUGAUUGACAAUGGCUCUGGCAUGUGCAAGGCCGGGUUCGCGGGAGACGAUGCUCCACGCGCCGUCUUUCCAUCCAUCGUAGGCCGUCCAAGACACCAGGGCGUCAUGGUUGGCAUGGGCCAGAAGGACAGCUACGUCGGUGAUGAGGCUCAGUCUAGGCGCGGUAUUCUAACCCUGAAGUACCCAAUUGAGCACGGCAUUGUGACCAACUGGGAUGACAUGGAGAAGAUCUGGCACCACACUUUCUACAACGAACUGCGUGUUGCCCCUGAGGAACACCCUGUACUGCUGACUGAAGCGCCUCUCAACCCGAAGGCUAACCGUGAGAAGAUGACCCAGAUAAUGUUUGAGACCUUCAACUCCCCGGCCAUGUAUGUGGCUAUCCAGGCUGUGUUGUCACUGUACGCGUCUGGUCGUACCACUGGUAUUGUGCUGGACUCUGGUGACGGUGUCACUCACACUGUGCCCAUCUACGAGGGUUACGCACUGCCACAUGCCAUUCUUCGACUAGAUCUGGCUGGUCGUGACCUGACGGACUACCUGAUGAAGAUUCUGACCGAGCGUGGCUACAGUUUCACUACGACGGCCGAGCGCGAGAUCGUGCGAGACAUAAAGGAGAAGCUGUGCUAUGUGGCGUUGGACUUUGAGCAGGAGAUGAGCAAUGCGGCGUCAAGUUCAUCAUUGGAGAAGAGUUAUGAGUUGCCUGAUGGUCAAGUCAUCACUAUUGGCAACGAGCGUUUCCGCUGUCCCGAAUCUCUGUUCCAGCCGAGUUUCCUCGGCAUGGAGUCAGCUGGUAUCCACGAGACCACAUACAACUCCAUCAUGAAGUGUGACGUGGAUAUUAGGAAGGACCUGUACGCGAACACGGUUCUGUCUGGAGGUUCGACCAUGUACCCUGGCAUCUCUGACCGAAUGCAGAAGGAGAUAUCUGCAUUGGCUCCGAGCACGAUGAAGAUAAAGAUUGUGGCGCCACCGGAGAGGAAGUACUCAGUGUGGAUUGGUGGUUCGAUCCUGGCUUCCCUGUCAACAUUCCAACAGAUGUGGAUUUCCAAGCAAGAGUAUGACGAGUCUGGGCCUGGGAUCGUCCACCGAAAGUGCUUCUAAAUGUAAAUUAAAUAGAACUUUUACAAACCUUUUUCUUCUUCCUUUAAGCUUAGAUAUUAGGCCGAGUAGGAUUACGGGAAACCCUCCACUGACAUUCAUCUGACACAAUGUGAAUUCACUGGGUUUGCUGCUAUCCGAAAAAUUUGACAGACAUAAAAAUCGACUACUACUACUACUACUACUACUACUACUACUACUACUACUACUACUACUACUACUACUACUACUACUACUACUACUACUACUACUACUACUACUACUACUACUACUACUACUACUACUACUACUACUACUACUACUACUACUACUACUAG